AUGAAGAAAUUCAACAACCCUUGCCCGAAGAUAAACUCCCUUGAAGGGCCAAAACAACAGCAGAGUAGCAGCGUUACCACGUACCAAAUCGUUCACUCUAUCAGGCAGGCAGUCAAUCAAUCCGCAUACGGACCCACCGACGUGAUCUCACUUCUGCAGCAAGAGAUUAGACAGCAGGGAGCCCAAAAUAAGAGUAUUGAAAAGCCCAUAGCGAAGCCCAAUGUUACUGGAAACGAUGGUCAGAGAAUAGAGACCAAUUUGAUAAUGGUAGAAAGCAACGUUGAUAGGGCAGUGGGCAUGGAUGAUUCUGAUAAUAGACUUAAUCGGCCUCCGGAUUUGCAAAUGUCAGAUACUUUUGUGCCCGAAACUCAAUUCUCUACUGAUAUGCAGGAUGAGGAUAUGGGUCUGGGUAAUGGUGUUAGUUCAGUGGAUGGUGCUCAGCCUAGGGGGUGUGAUAACCUGGGUACAUCCCAAAAUAUUGUUAAUGGAUUUUCUCCUAUGGAACUCCAGAGGGGCCGGAAUAUGAAAGACUUGUUAGUUGAUGUCAAACCUACUAUUGUUGCGGUGGUUGAACCUCCGAUCUCUGGCUUGAAGGCUAGAAGGAUGGUUCGAAGUUUCAAGUUUGGAAAGUACCAUGUUAUUGACCGGGUUGGAUUUGCGGGCGGUAUUUGGUUAUUAUGGGAUGACAGUGUUGUGGAGGUGGAGGUUCUCCAUGGAGAGCCUCAAUGGCUUCAUGCUAUGGUGAAAGAUAAUAAAGGGAAUGUUUUUCUGUUGUCAAUAGUUUAUGCUAGUCCUAUAGUGGAGAUAAGGCAGCAGCUGUGGCUGAAGUUAGAGGACUUAGCUUCGUCUGCUUUUUCGUUGAGCAGUGCCAACUUCUGUUCCAGAAUAAGUCCCCGGUUCCUAACUCUACAUGCCUGGAGCAACUGGAAUAGAAAGUACAACCUCUGCUGCAUCCUCUAUUGA